AUGUCGAGAAAUUCGGCCCCUUUACUCCAACAAAUGCCCCUGACCUACAGCAAGGACCAUGCCUCGGAGCAAACUGGGCCGGUGCAGACAAAGACAGGCGGCACAGAGCAGCAGGCACACCGACCAAGAGAGAGAGUCCCCAUCUCCGCACACCAGAAUCGCCGCUGUAACCCCGCAAGUUUCUCCACCUUUCUGCUUCUGGCACCACUUAGCCUUCAAGGAUCUCUGGGUCACGAUGUGCGUGAUGGCAGCGGUCUUGUCAGCAUUGGGAAGGCCGACGCCAGCAUGACAUGGACUCGACCUUAA